CCUCCCACGACUUCAAUUCCCAUAAUGCAAUAAACAGACGGCGCACUUCCGCACAUACGUGGCUUUUUCUUGUGCGGCACUGUCGGACACAUCAUACAACAUGGAGCUGGAAACUAUGACGAGAUACACCAGCCCGGUGAACCCGCAGGUGUUCCCCCAUCUGACCGUAGUGCUGCUGGCCAUCGGAAUGUUCUUCACAGCCUGGUUCUUCGUAUAUGAAGUGACGUCGACCAAAUACACACGGGACGUGUACAAGGAGCUCCUCAUCUCGCUGGUGGCCUCGUUAUUCAUGGGCUUCGGCGUUCUCUUCCUCCUGCUCUGGGUUGGGAUAUACGUCUGAAGGUUACACAACGGUGGUGUGGUCCAGAGGAACAUUCCUGCGGCGCUGGUGCCGACCCAGUUUGGUUUCCCGGUGCCUGUCGUCACUCUGGGCUGUGCCACUGACACUGGGUUCUGGGCUGGACUUUGCACUGACAAAGGGGCGGGGAUUAGGGUUCUGCAUUCACAAAUAAAGACAGAUUUCGUACAAAAAAAACA